AUGCUGCCAAACGAGCAGUUCCAGAAGUUGCUCUAUGACCUUUUCUGUUUAUGGCAUGGAGUUCAACGCCACUAUGAUCCGCCUUUUACGGAUACCGAAGAGCAGAGGCUCGCGAAGGUUAAGUCGAUGAUUUGCAAGUUGCUAACUGAAAUCGAUGGUCGCGUUACUCGUAUACAACAAAAUCAGACUGGCGGAAUCAAAGGACAGGUAGGUCUUUUCCGCUUAAGAAAUUGA